AUGCUUCUCUCUAUAUUCAUAUUGGUGCUGGCGACUUUUGCUGAAGCGUUGUCUUCCCCAGCGCCAAUAGGUGACGAUGGACCAACGGACCCGUUAAUCAGCAACGUCACUGUCUUCCAACCGCCUGCCAACUACACUGUCCCACGGACCCUGUAUGCGCGAACCUUGCAAUACCACGAUGGGACAUUGUUAGCAACAUGGGAAAACUAUGGGCCGAACAACAACACUUUUCCAUAUUUUCCCAUCUACCAAAGCACAGAUGGCGGUGCGACUUGGAGUGAGAGAAGCAGAGUCGAGGAUACGCAGAAUGGCUGGGGUCUGAGAUAUCAGCCAUUCCUCUACGAGCUUCCAGAAGCAAUUGGCGAUUACCCAGCCGGCACUGUACUUCUCGCAGGCUCAUCGAUCCCCAACGACCUCUCUCAAACACAGAUUGAGAUCUAUGCCUCUCACGACUGCGGUUCUACCUGGGAGUUCGUUUCACAUGUUGCGAAAGGCGGUCGCGCUAUUCCCAAGAAUGGGGAGACUCCCGUUUGGGAACCUUUCCUCAUGGUCUACAACCACGAAUUGGUCGUCUACUACUCGGACCAGCGCGAUCCGAAGCACGGCCAAAAGCUUGUCCAUCAAACAACGUCCGAUCUGAAAAACUUUGGACCUGUUGUAGACGACGUGGCUUAUGGAACCUACGACUGGAGACCUGGCAUGACGACUGUGUCCCACCUUCCAAAUGGUCAAUAUAUCCUCACUUAUGAGUUUUACGGUGCUGUGGAGGCGAAAUUCGCGGUCUACUAUCGUCUUUCACCCGAUCCGCUGAAAUUCAACGAUGCUGUCGGCCAUGUUAUCACUGCGACUGAUGGGACGCAACCUGAUGGUAGUCCAUAUAACGUCUGGACCCCGGUUGGUGGCAACAAUGGCACCAUCUUUGUGAGUGCUGCAAGUAACAGUACGCUCUUCGCGAAUCGUGAUCUGGCCGCUCCUGGGAGUGAUUGGAUUGAGAUCGAUACGCCGGAGGGAGCGAGUUACACAAGGUCAUUGUUGGUUGAGCAGCAGAAGAAUAUCAUUCUCAUCUGUGGUGGUGGUGUGAUUAAUGGAAAAGAUAAUAGGGUGACCGCCAGCGAGAUUGAUAUCUCCGCCAUCUGA